AUGGAUACUCAAUAUGACCCAGGUAGCCUUACUUGGAACAACUUGCAUACUCUCAAUGAGGAGCACAUGUACUGUUACUGUGGUAAAGAUAGGAACUUGACAGAAGUAUCUCUCCAAUGUUCAGGUUGUUUGAAUUGGUUUCACGCAAAAUGUACUAAAAUUUCAAUUGAUACCAAUAUCCCAAUUUUCACCAAUUAUAAAUUUACUUGUAAAUGGUGUAAUAAUUCUUCCAGCGAGAGUUUUAAGCGAAUUCAAGCAGGAUGGAAAGAAAUUGGUGGUUGUGCUAUAGCAAACUUAAUGCUUCAGCAACAUAUGACAGAAUCUAAAGCUCACAAAGGAGAUUCUAUAUAUUCUUCAGCACAUGCAAAGAAAUUACCCAUAUUCCAAUAUUAUUUUAAUAAAAAUGAACAUUUAAGACCAUUCGUUGAUAAAAAUUGGUCUUCUUUGUGCACAGAACGUUCUCGAACUGCAACUUGGUGGGCAACUCUUGGGUCAUGCUUAUAUUCAACAAAAGAUCUUUUUGUUGCUAAAGAUGAAAAUAAUCGUUCAGCAAGUUCGAAUUUUUGUCUUGUGGAUCCAAAUUUGUGGAAUAUCAGGCCAGGCCAUUUCGGGGUUUCGCAUUCGAGAACACCUGCACGAGCUCAGAGAGAAGCAGUGAAUAACAGUACUCGUGCAAUUUACGAUUCUGGAACUCAGGACGAGACAUCAUCAUCAACAAUUACGCAUCCUUCAUCUUCAAAACGCCAAUUAACACCAUUUCGUUCUUCUUCAGAACAACCCGGAACUUCCAACAGCCAAGCACAGUCUAAUCGUUCAAAUACUGUAAUUGCAUUAAUGGAGGCAAGUUCUUCAUCAAUUACGGAAUUUGGUCAAUCCGGAGAACAAAAUAAUCUUCGACAUGGUUUUAAAUAUUUACCGUGUCAAGCAGAUAAAUUAUUCCCAUAUAUACAAUAUCGUAAUUCUGAAUUGCCUCCAUAUGGUUUACGACUUUCUAAAGAAGACGCAAGCUUAUCCGUAUGGAUAAGUGGUGAUCAGUUAACAUCCACUACGGAUUUUGGAUUUUCAAUGGCUAGAGCUAAUUGUCCUGUGAAGGAAGGGAAAUGGUUUUUUGAAGUUUUUAUUGAUCGUGGCGGUGAAGGUAAAAUGGAUGGAAAGGAUGGUGCACAUGUAAGAGUAGGUUGGGCUCGUAGAGAAGGUAAUAGAAAUUCUCCGGUUGGUUCUGAUGCGUAUAGUUAUGGUUUUAGAGAUCUAACUGGACAAAAGGUACACCAAUCCCGUCCUACACAAUACGGCGAGCCAUUUAAAACGGGGGAUGUUAUAGGUCUUUAUAUUAGUUUACCGCAAUUGAAAAAGGCGGUUUCAGACUAUCAACCAAAGAGUCCGAAAAGGCAUAGAAUACCAAUUUUAUUUAAAGGAGAUACAAUUUUUGAAUAUAAAGACUUUAAACCAACACAUCAAAUGAAUCAGUUAUUAGAAUUGCCCGAAAAGAAAAAAGAGAAAAAAUAUUGGUGGCAACAACAACAAAAAGAGCAAAAGCCAACACAUCUACAACCAGAAAUUCCAAUUUUACCAGGGUCAAAAAUAAUAGUUUAUAAAAACGGAAUUUGUCAGGGUAUUGCUUUUGAGAAUUUAUAUUCAUUUUUACCCACAAUUGACAAAUAUACUAACGAUGAUGAUUUAACUGAGGAUGAUGGAUCUCUCGGAUAUUAUCCAGCUGUAUCCAUGUAUCGAGGUGGUACAUGUACUUUAAAUUUUGGACCACAUUUUAGAUAUCCACCACCUCCGGAUCCAGAAUUAGAUCUUGCAAUUAAUAAACCGACUAUGUCUUCAUUGUCAAAAACUUCAGUUUCAAAAUCUUUAUUAUCUAAACAAUCAUCCUCUUCUUCAUCAUCCUCUUCUUCAUUAAAUCCUCAUAAGAAGAGUACUGGUAUUCGUAAAUGGCGUCCAAUGUCUGAACGAUAUAUGGAAUAUAUAACUGAGGAUGUAUUAUAUGAUCUCGUUGAUGAAAUAGAACUUUGGGAUUGGAUGUUAUCACAAAAGAAGAAAGUUAUACCAACAAAACGGCCAGCAAUUGUUGAAAUGAGUGAUGGUUCUCUGAAAAAGAGGAAACAAGAAGGAACUUCAAGACAGGAAAUCAAUGAUAAUGAAGUUUCAGGAUUCCCUGUGACAAAAUGGGAUGGUUCUUCAUAUAACAAAUUUUAG